GGCCAGCUGAGCCAGUCGGCCCACCUCUCCCUGCAGCUGCCUUACACCGUCCUGGGGCUGGGGCGCAGCGCCAACUUCCUGGACCACCUGUACGUGGGUAUCCCCCGGCCCCUCGGGGACAAGGUACAGUAUGGUGCGCUGCAGCACUGGGGGAGGGGAGCGGAGAGGAGAGGAGGGACAUGCCAGACAAACACAGAUAGGACAGGAUGCAGUAGGAGCUACAGAUGAAGUAGGAGCUACACAGGUCUAAUAACUACAGCAGGGAACUGAUACUGUUUCUAGUCACUGCACCCAUGUGGAGAACACACCCAGAGCCACUGAUAGUGACACUAACUCUACUGCAGGUUAAUGUAAAUGUUUCUUCCUGUUGCAAUAUGAUAAGUUGAUGGUCUAUUAUGCAUUAAAUAAUUCAUUAUCUUCUUCGUUCACCCACUUUUGUGCUACCUCAAACAUUGGCAUGUGGUUUGGGUUUGUGUGGAGCGACAGCCUUCUCUCUCAUAUCGCGUGCCGUUUGAAAUGCUGUUUGUUGGUUCCUCGAUAGAUUCCCCUGCGCGGCUUAGUUGAAUUUAAGACGCUCUCUCCCGUUCCUCGCCUGUCAAAGAAUAGAACAGAGGUCUUCAUCAAAACGGAUUUGCAUUGCAAAUUUCUGCCCAUACCUUACUACCUUGGGAGCGAGGCUCGUACUGAGGAAAGCAGCUGAAGUACAGCAACGUGCUUGGUUGUCGCUCGCAUCCUUUGAGUUAUGCAAGAAAAUGUUUCCACUAAGGUUCACAUUUCCCUACACAGCAGUUAAUAAAAUCUUUAUAAUGCUUUGUAUUAUGCUAACCAAUUUUUACCUUCAGAGGGUGUAUGAAUAUGGUAUCUUCAGUGCUACCUGUGCUACAUACAGUGUACAAAACAUAAAGGACACCUGCUCUUUCCAUGAUAUAGACUGACCAGGUGAAUCCAGGUGAAAGCUAUCAGUGUAGAUGAAGGGGAGGUGACAGGUUAAAGAAGGAUUUUUAAGCCUUGAGACAUGGAUUGUGAAUGUGUGCCAUUCAGAGGGUGAAUGGGCAAGACAUAAAAUGUAAGUGCCUUUGAACGUGGUAUGGUAGUAGGUGCCAGGUGCACCGGUUUGUGUCAAGAUCUGCAACGCUGUUGGGUUUUUCAUGCUCAACAGUUUCAUUUACAUUUACAUUUUAGUCAUUUAGAAGACGCUCUUAUCCAGAGUGACUUACAGUUAGUGAGUGCAUACAUUUUUCAUACUGGCCCCCCGUGGGAAUCAAACCCACAACCCUGGCGUCGCAAACGCCAUGCUCUACCAACUGAGCUACACAGUUUCCUGUGUGUAUCAACAAUGGUCCACCACCCAAAGGACAUCCAGCCAAGCAUUGGAGUCAACAUGGGCCAGCAUCCCUGUGGAACGCUUUCGACAGCUUGUAGAGUUCAUGUCCUGACGAAUUGAGGUUCUGAGGGCGCACAAUAUUAAGAAGGUGUUUUGUACAGUCAGUAUACACAUUUAAUGAACAGCUGUGUCUAUCUCACUGUCUCUGUGAGAGUUUGGAGAGGAUAAUAUCUGUCUCUCAGGUCUGUCUCCAACCCUUCCUCACAGGGUGAAAAAUGUAGGAGGCCAUUUGAGGGUUUUGAGUGUGUUCUUCUACUCUCUCCUCCUGUACACACUUCUCAAUCCCAUGAGGUUUACUUCACUAAUCAAGAUUCCCUCUCUGCUCUCGCCUCCCAAAAACCCCACUUCACUCCCAACUUCAGACCCAGCGCUCUCCUUUGAAACAUUCUCUGAAAACCCAGAAACGCUUUCCUCCUCUAAAACACAGACGUCUUCUCUUAGCCAAAGUGCCAGAAGCGCAGCCUGUCACUGUCUCUCACCGCCGUUCUGCAUAAACCACACUGCAUUGAAGAGCAAAAUGUCAGCAUUAGCUUUAGUAGGUUAAGAACUGCGACUACUAAUGAACUAACACACUGUGCACAGUGAAGUAACACGAUAAGGUGACUCAUUCAGUGCAUCAUUAUUCUCCUUAACCUAUUUUACCUCAAACACAAACAAUCACUAGCAAUUAUAAAAUCGAAAUCCCUGAAUCUGCUGCUCUGAUUUGCUUUGAGUCUUUGCCUUACAUAGUAUUUGUAUCUCUGAGCUAUGUAAGUAUGUCAUGCUCUUUAAUUGACAUUUCUCCGUGUCAGGAAGGAGUCAUAUGCAAACCCACACAACCCUCAGCAUUGUAACGAUACUCCAGCUAAUGGGACUGUAGGAAGUAGGCUGACACACCAGGGGGAUACUUCAGCAGACCUCAUUUAUUUAAUUUACUAGCCAGUGUGUAUCUUAAAUGCAUGGCUUUAAAUAGCUCGGGUAUAGGUAGCUAAAAACCCUGGGUUCUCAUUAGGGUGGCUCUGAGUAAAAGAGGACACUGCGUGUGUGAGCGAGUGAGUGUGUUUCACUUGUCCCUUAAUGUUGCCAAAUGAUAGAUGUGUUGUCGGAAAUGAGUCUCUCUUCCCUAGAGGACUCUGUGAGAAAGAUUAAUUUAAUGAUUGCUGGUGAUUGCCAUCCAGUAACAACUUGAAGAGGGAAAAUUACCUUUGUAAUUGAUACAGAAACUGGCUUUGAAAAGCUUUUGAGCUUGAACUUCUAAUAAUAAAGUUCCUUAAACUCUGAACUAGAGAGGAAAUUGUAGUGCAGUACUGUACAGGAAAUGACUCAGGCCCUACAUUGUAUCUGCACUGAGAAGUGUGGGCUAUAUUGCCUGCGUUGUGUUAACUUUGAACUAUACUUUUUCCAUUAUUGCUAGCCCCUUCAUUCUACCUCCCUGAGGCUCUAAUAACAUUGUUUCUGUCUUGCAGGACGUGAGGAAGCAGGAGUGGACAGCCAUCAUCCCCAACUCUCAGCUCAUAGUCAUUCCAUACCCACACAACGAGCCCCGCAGGUACACACACCACACAUUCACACAUCUGUACUUGGACACCCACAAACGUGCUCAGGCCAUGUUUCCAUGAAUUUCUGUGUCAUUCACAUGAAGUCCUACCCCCAGGAGUGCCAGCAGGUGGCAAAACCCCCCCUCUCCGUAUGGCCAGCUAACACAUUCUCUCACCAACACAUGGAACACACACACUAUAUAUAUAGCUACUACACUAAGUUAUUACUCAGAAAACACACACACAUUAUGUAGAUGCAUACAUCAUGUACUGUUCAUACAUUACAGUGAAUGCUCAAUGUAUAGCUAGCUGUGUAAAGAAGGUGUCUUCAGUGUCAUAAUCUCUAUUGGGCACAGGUUAACGCAAGAUAUUGUGGCUAAUGUUGUUCUGCAUUGCCAUUGAUUGUUUUAGUUUUCACCAUUCAUAUUUAAUGUGUUUAUUAGUUCUGAUAGAAUGUCUUAAUGAAGUUCUCUCACAAGGGUUUUGAUUAAUAUUUGAGCAGGUGUAAUGUUCUUCUUCAGCCAUUUAUUGUAGUAUAAUAACACUUUCCCACAGUCUGGGUCUGUUCCUGUUUUUAGUCAAACCAUUCAAACGAACUCUCUGUUCUCUUCAAUAGUCACAAAAUAUGUGGAUCGAAAGACCGGAAUUGCUCUUGUCAUUUUUUGUUUUUGGAGAUUUUUUUAGUUAAAUGGUUCAUUUCUCGAUUCAUUUUCACGUAAUAUGACAUAAUGUCACGGUAUUUUUAUAUUUAGUGAUUACAGAAACGUAAUUGUCAAAUAACACCUCAGAUAAAGCAAAAUAUGCUAAAUGUCCUUAAUAUAGCGCAUUGACUCUUACCUUCUGAUAGGGUUGGAAAAGAUAAGACAUACCUUUUGUAUGAGUUUUAUAUAAUGUAGUAGUUGAUACGCUCUUUCUCUCUCCUACCCUUUCCCUCCUUUAGUUGGAGUGCAAAGUUGUAUCUGACCCCCAGUAACAUAGUCCUACUGACCGCCAUCGCUCUGAUCGGCGUGUGUGUUUUCAUCCUGGUCAUCAUUGGCAUCCUCCACUGGCAGGAGAAGGUAAGAACAGAAUAA